GCAUCACAAUACUCAACACGGCAACGCUUCCCGAUUUCCCGGCUACAAUCCAAAAAAAAACAAAUCACCUUUCCGUUUCAAAGUUCAUUUUCCAGCUUUCAGUUUUUUCUUUUUUUACUCUUAAAUCGCCACUUCAAGCAUAGGUUAGUCCGCUCAUCACCAGAUCGCAUCUCAGGUGCAUUCUGAGGAAGAUGAGCGGUGGCGGUAUGUUUACCGGCUUCACGAGGCUGUGCAAGGGGACGGCCGCCGUGCUUGUCGGUGGCUACAUUCUCGUUCAGAGUCUCCCCUCUGCUCUUUCCUAUCUUGCACUUAUACCUGCAAAAACUAUUCCCUUCGCAUGGAAUCUUAUAACAGCUGGUUAUAUUGAACAGUCCAUAUAUGGGGUGGUUGUCAGCAUUAUUGGGCUACUUUUCAUGGGGAAGCUGCUUGAACCUAUUUGGGGCUCUAGGGAAUUUCUGAAGUUUAUCUUUAUUGUCAACUUUUUGACUGCCGUCUGUGUUUUUAUUACAGCUAUAUCAUUGUACUACAUAACGAGAAUGGAAAGCUACCUUUAUCUACCUACUUCCGGCUUCCAAGGGGUCCUUUAUGGUUUCUUAGUUGGCAUCAAGCAAAUCAUGCCCGACGAAGAGCUGUCUUUUUUAAAACUAAAGGCAAAGUGGCUGCCUUCCCUUGCACUGCUAGUAUGUGCUGCUUUAAGUUUUUUCGCGGUGGAUUUGUCUUCAUACCUUCCAACUUCAGUAUUUGGCACAUACAUGGGAUGGAUUUACCUCAGAUACUGGCAAAGGAACCCAGAAACAAAACUCAAGGGUGAUCCAAGUGAUGAAUUUGCAUUUUCAACUUUUUUCCCUCAGUUUCUGAGACCUGUAAUUGAUCCCAUUGCUAGUGUACUGGAUCGAAUGCUGUGUGGGAAAAGAUCUGAAAUUUCUAAUGAAGAGAGAGAAGGCUACACUUUAGGUGGCAUCCCGUUGCCGGGUUCUGACCCUAUUGAAGCAUCCAGGAGAAGGGAAAGAGGCGCGAGGGCACUUGAAGAAAGAUUGGUGGCAACGGAGAGGCUGGCGGCUUCUGGUGCGAACAAGGCUGGAGAGUCCCAAACAGAUGAUGCAUCAGAUAAUGUUUAAGUGCCCUUUUUCCUGUGUAAAUGCCUUUUACCCCUUCACACCAAAGAUAUCCCAGAAUGUAUGUCCCAAUACACCCCUGGACAUUUUUGUGCAACCUUUUUGCCCUUUAGACUCUUUGACAGCGGUUUUAUUGCAUUAUCAUUACAGUCCAUGUGGUUGGUUGCAUAUACUCUCUCUCUCCCAUAAAUUAAUUCUGUGUUA